AACUUACGACCGACAUGUCCUCUCAGAUACUUGUAUCCCGUCCGCUGGCCCCACAGUCGGUCCCUGCGACAAGCCUUCCGGUGCAGUCGCCUCAGGUGGCGCAGAACACGGGCCCGUACUCCUCCUCCGGUCUGGCCACUGCCGGCUUCCGUACAGCCAAGUACCUGCAUGAAGAAUGGCAGCAGGGCAACCUGGCCACCUUCUACCGGGCCUUCUCGGACCGGGACCAGUCGGAGACAGGGAGGCAUGAGGCCAAGCAGCUUGUAACGGAGACAGAAGCCCGGGCCCAGCGUUCCCAGGCGGACUGUACCAAGAGCCUGGGGGAGAGGCUGCUGGAUAUUCACUUCUGGAAGUCGGAGCUGGCCCGGGAGAUCCGGGAUGUGGAGGCCGAGACCCAGCUGCUGGUGCAACAGAAGGGCCGGCUGGAGAGAGCCUUGGAUGCCACCAACAUCCCCUUCAGCAUCGCCACAGAUAAUCUGAAGUGCCGGGACAGGAGGCGGGGCUCCGAGCUGGUCAGGGAUGAGGUGGAGCUGGAACUUCUCAAGGAGGUGGACCUGAUCCGAAAUGUUCAAGAACUUCUGAAAAGGACCCUGGAUCAAACAGUUCAGCAGAUACGGCAGAAUCGAGAUGCUAAGGAAAACCUGGAGAUGGACUAUUCGGAUAAGGUGGAAGCCUAUGAGUUUGAUGACAAAUGUGGAAGAUACAACAACCAGAGCACCGACAUCCAGUUUCAUCGCAACUCCUCUAAAUAUGAAGACAACACUUCCACUCCAGAGUCUUGGGCUCAGUAUACCCAUGAAAACAUAUAUAAAGCAGAACGAGAGAGAAUGGCCUCCAUUAACCUGCGUUCACUGAUAGACAGCAUCCUUCAAGACAUCAGUGAAGACUUAGAAGCUCAGUCUGCCGCCAUUGCCGUAGACUUCGAAAAGCGAUGCAGGGAGGUGGAAGAUGCGAAACAGAAGCUGGAGAUGCACCUGAAAAAGACCUUGGAGGAAAUCGGAGGUCAGGAGAAGAACAUUGCUGCUCUAAAGCAGGCCAUUAAUGACAAGUCUCCACCGCUGAAGGUUGCCCAGACCAGGCUGCAUGAUAGAUCGUACAGACCUAAUGUUGAGCUGUGCAGGGACCAUGUGCAGAUAAGGCUGGUCAGCGAAGUGGGAGAACUUACAGAUUCCCUUGAUGCUCUGAAGUUGAAAUUGGAAGACUCUGAACAAUCCCUGAGAAAUCUGGAAGAUACAAGAAUGUCCCUUGAAAAAGAUAUUGCCAACAAGGCCAACAGCAUUUUCAUUGACAGAGAGAAGUGCAUGACCCUCCGAACCCGUUACCCCCAUGGAAUGAAGCUCCUUGGCUACCAGUAGGUCCAUCAUAUUCCAUAGAAGGCUGCUCCUCUGUGCAAAAUUGUUUGCAGUUAAUAAAGAUUUGCAAUGAG